AUGCCUGUCAUGGGAUUCUUCGAAAGUCAGCUUCUCUUUCUAACAAAAGGACAACUUUUUGCCGACGAUCAUCAAGACUUCAACAGCUCCGUAGUCGAGGGAUCAGAACUACUGAACCUUCAGUCUCGUUGUAAUCCCGUCUACACACUGUUUUGCCUGCAACCAGGCACAAUCACAUUUGGCAUUGGUAGCCCGUCGAAACAGAUGGGCUUGCUACUUGCAAGCUGCUGCCUGAGGCAAUUUCUGCGCCUGUUGCUUGCUGCUGGUAGGGCCUCUGGCUUGAUGCAUACGAAACGAACAGAAGUUGCUGGAGAAACUGCAAAACACACCCAAUCUCCAAAUCUCCCAUAA